UGGUAACUUGGGAGAAGUAGACUUGACUCGUAACUUGACUAAGUUGAGAGAAAGGGUCCUAGUCUUGGCGCUGGGUAGACUCCUCCAGGCAUCUUUCUCCUCAUCUCGCGCGACUGCGGAGGAGACAGCAUCUGCCUUGUAAUCAAUAUCUCGUCACUUUCCUCCGUCCCACACGACCUUUGAAUCCUAUCCAUCAUCAAAUUGAUCCUCACUCUGCCCCCCCGAUAUAGGGCAUUACCAGCAACGUCUGCCUCUGUUUCUCAGUUCAAUUUCUGGAUGAGAUAAGCUGUACCGCUCGUAUCCGCCGUCACCUCCGCAAGUCCGCAGUCCACAAUUUCCAGCUCUACUCAUCGCAAUGCCCGCACCGAUCAAGCGCGGCCGCCAAUCACAAGGCGAGCAAGUCGAUCCAAAAAAGCCUCGCCGUUCCCAGCGUAACUUGUCGCCCUCUCGCGCAGCGGAUGCACAUCUCAAGCCUGGUCCAUUGCCGUCACCCAUAACGCACAAGGAAUCUACCGCUACUGAUGAAUUCGAUGAGGGUACUGCAACACCACCUAGUCAAAUCCAUCCCGACGAGACCACCUCUCCCACAAAUGGCCACAGCCCCCGUCGUCCUGGUGGCCUUUCAUCUCCGCCCUCCGAUACGCAACCGUUCUCACAAUUUGCCUUCCAAGCAAACAGCCGCGCAUAUGCUGUAGAAGAUGAGGAGGGUGAAGGCGUAUGGGGCUACCUCGUACCUUUCGACUCUAACUCUGGCGAUGUCCUUGUCCUUCGCCGUCGAAGUGCAUGCCCAGUUUCUGCUAAGUACAUUGGCACCAAAACAGGCAAAGAGAAGGUAUCACGGGGCACAUACGAGCGAGCAGAGGAAAAGUAUGAAACCAAAAAGCAGGAUGAAGGAGUCACUGCGGGAGGCUAUCUCAUUGGACGUCACCCAGAGUGUGAUCGCAUUAUCAAUUCUCUCACUGUUUCCAAUCGUCAUUGCCUACUGUUCGCCGAAAAUAAAGAUGGGGACUCGACAGCUGUCUUGGAAGAUUUAUCUGGUAAUGGUACAUUUGUGAAUGAUACUCUUGUUGGUCGCAACAAGAGGAGGGUUUUGAAUGAGGGCGACGAGAUUGGUAUUCUUGAUGCAGCGCGCUUUGUUUUCAGGUACCCCCUCAACCGCGAUACCAAUGGAUUCAGACAACAGUACACUCUUCAGGAACAGCUUGGCAAAGGUCAUUUCGCUUCGGUAUAUCUUUGUGUGGAAAAGACUACUGGAGCGAGAUAUGCUGUCAAGAAAUUUGACAAGCGGUCUGGGCCUGGUGAAAAGUCAAAGGUUGAUGGGCUUCAGCAAGAGAUAGCGGUACUGAUGAGCGUCAGCCAUCCAGCUCUGCUGUGCCUGAAGGACACAUUCGAUGAAGACGAUGGAGUUUAUCUCGUGCUUGAGCUUGCUCCUGAGGGCGAGCUUUUCAAUUGGAUUGUAAUGAAGCAGAAGCUCUCCGAGUCGGAAGCACGCAAGGUCUUCGUUCAGCUGUUCCAGGGCAUCAAAUAUCUGCAUGAACGCAAUAUUGUGCAUCGGGACAUCAAGCCUGAGAACAUUUUGCUUACAGAUAAAGAGUUACAUGUCAAGCUUGCGGACUUCGGCCUUGCUAAGAUAAUAGGCGAGGAGUCCUUCACUACCACAUUAUGCGGUACACCAUCCUAUGUCGCCCCUGAGAUUUUAGAAGGCUCCAAUCAUCGACGAUACACACGUGCUGUGGAUGUUUGGUCCCUAGGAGUGGUGCUUUACAUCUGCCUCUGUGGCUUUCCUCCCUUCUCCGACGAGCUCUACAGCGCAGAGAAUCCCUACACGCUGUCCCAGCAGAUCAAAAUGGGGCGGUUUGACUACCCUUCACCCUACUGGGAUUCCGUUGGAGACCCAGCUUUGGAUCUGAUCGAUCGUAUGCUGACAGUUGACGUUGAUCAGCGCAUCACAGUUGACGAAUGUCUCCAGCAUCCCUGGGUUACUCAACAGGUACUGAACCCGGCGGAUAGUACCGACGGAUUGACAGGAGCCAUUGCCAACCUGGACUUCUCAAAGCGCAAGGUGCAGCGUGAGCGAACAUUGUUGAGUACUAUCAACGAUAUCCGCGUGAGCAGGGUCAUUGAUGCUCCAGGCGGACAGCUUCCGAUAAAGGUUUACGAGAAGAAUGCUACCAAGAACGGCACGGCUAAGAAGGGAGCGGUGGGAAAAGAGACCACGCCUGCUGCCAAUCGGGAUCCUGAGGAGUUCAUCAAAUUGGGUGGUAAAGGUGAUCAACGACUCUAUGACACAGAAGACGGGUCUCGGUACCCCGAGUCCCCAGAACAUUCGCGUGUUCGGGCGAAUAGGGAAAUUGACCAGACUGGAUUGGGAGAAAGGGGAACGGGAGUAUCCUUUAUUUCCUAUGGGUCCGAAAACAUUCAGCCAGACAGCCCUACACUCCCUUUUGGCUUGUUUUCUCUCUUUUCUUUCCCUCUCUCUGUCUGCAAUCUGAUCUGGUGCGCUAUGGGUAUUCUUGCUGAAAUUUCCGGCCCAUUGGCCGCGUUCACCGCGAAUUCUUCCCUUCCUGUCCUCAUCGCUGCCGGCGUCGGCUCCUUUUUGCUCCUCAGCGUCGUCGUCAACGUCCUUUGCCAAUUGCUUUUCAAGAGCCCCAACGAACCGCCACUCGUCUUCCACUGGUUUCCCCUCAUUGGUAGCACCGUCACUUAUGGUAUCGACCCCGUUAAGUUCUUCUUCGAGAACAAGAAAAAGUAUGGCAAUGUCUUCACGUUUGUCCUUCUCGGAAACAAGGUCACCGUCUACUUGGAUACCAAAGGAAACAACUUCAUCCUCAACGGAAAGCUGAAGGAUGUCAAUGCCGAGGAAAUCUACAGCUGCCUGACCACCCCCGUCUUCGGAAAGGACGUGGUCUACGACUGCCCAAACUCCAAGCUUAUGGAGCAGAAGAAGUUUGUCAAGUUCGGUCUCACCCAGGACGCACUUCGCUCGUAUGUUAAGCUCAUCACCGCCGAAUGCAAUGAUUUCUUCCGCAACCACAAGGCUUUCAACGGACAAAAGGGAACGUUCGACGUGUCAAAGGUCCUGGCUGAGCUCACCAUUUACACUGCCUCCCGCUCUCUCCAGGGUAAGGAGGUUCGCAACAGCUUCGACUCUAGCUUUGCUGGGCUCUAUCACGAUUUGGACAUGGGAUUCUCUCCUAUCAACUUCAUGCUUUCCUGGGCGCCCCUUCCUCACAACCGCGCACGCGAUAUUGCCCGCGAGAAGAUGAUCCAGCUCUACUCUGGCAUUGUCAGGGACCGUAGGUCUGGCGCCGUCAAGAAGGAUUCCCACGACAUGAUCUGGCAUCUCAUCGAGUGCAAGUACAAGGACGGUACCCCCAUUCCCGAGCACGAAAUUGCAGGAAUUAUGAUUGCUCUUCUCAUGGCUGGCCAACACUCCUCUGCAUCCACCAUCUCCUGGGCACUUCUCCGCCUUGCCUCAAAGCCCGAACUUAUUGAGGAACUACUCCAAGAGCAAAAAGAGGUCCUCGGCGCCGAUCUCCCUGAUCUUACCUAUGAAGACCUUUCAAGGCUUCCUCUCCACGCUCAGAUCAUCAAGGAAACUCUUCGUCUUCAUGCUCCUAUCCACUCGAUCCUGCGCCUGGUCAAGCAGCCUCUCGUGGUUGAGGGAACCAACUAUCUCCUCCCUCCCAACCGCAGACUCUUGGCCGCUCCUGGUGUCUCUGCGCAGAUGGAUGAACACUUUGUUAACCCCGCUGAGUGGGACCCUCACCGAUGGGAUGCCGGCAAGGGCACCUACGAGGAGAAGGAGGAUGACACCGAGGACAAGAUUGACUACGGUUGGGGUGUUGUCUCCAAGGGAACCAACUCCCCUUACCUCCCCUUCGGCGCUGGCCGUCACCGAUGCAUUGGCGAGCAGUUCGCCUACCUUCAACUCCAGACCAUCCUCGUCGCUUUCGUCCGUGAAUUCAAGUUGCGAAACAUUGACGGCAGCCGCAAAGUCGUCGACACGGAUUACACCUCUCUUUUCUCCAAGCCCCAGCAACCCGACAAGGUCGAGUUCCAGAGGAGGAACGUCAAAAACUAAGUACAACCCCGCCCGAACUUGUAUCGUGUACAUACACCCAUACCUUCUAUUCCCUCGCAAACUCCGUCUCAUCUUUGCUUCAAUUGCGGUCCGGCACCCCUGCGUCUUUCUUCAGUAGAGGGCUUUGUUUUCUUUCACAUCAACCACAUAGAGGGGGAAAAAGAAGAAAUCGCCCGGGUGCCGUAGAGAGACUCUUUAAGACCUAAGUACUCACUCUUAAUAUGGAUACGUAGUAACGAAAAAGGAAAACCUAAAUGUAUUAAUAAGAAAAUAAUAUACUGCAUCUUUUAAACUG